AUGGACCGGACCACCUGCAGCUCUUCUUGUAUCAAACUCUACCUGUGCUCCAACCCAGAAGAUAGCGUGGUGGAGCGCAGAGCUUUGAGAGAGAACGUGUUCCCAAAACUUCGAGAGAACUGCAGACACACGCUGGGUCUGGAUCUCAGGGUGAUCGACCCGUUUGAGUCCAGUGAUCCCAGUCGUUGGCCGGAUGAAAACACCAGAUGGAAGCUGAUUACAGAGUGCAGAGAGAGCUCUGCAGGACCAUUUCUUCUGGUUCUAAUAGGACACCAGUAUGGGACAGCCAGUCUACCCGCCCAGGUAGAGGUGUCAGAGUACCAGCUGCUGCUGCAGGAGAGCCAGCAGGCGGGUGUCAGCACCCAGGAGCUGGAGAGGGUGUAUCAGAGGGACGAGAACAGCAUCCCUCCCUGCUACUGCCUGAGAACUUUACACACCUGCUGCCCUCAGCAAGCAGAGUUUAAAGAGCGAGAGGAGAUUCAGACAAAGGCUAAAGAAGAAGAACUAAGGAACAUGAUUCAGACCACUGUGAGUCGGUGUGUCCAAAAAGGUCUCAUGACCCCAGCGAGAGCCCAGAGCUACUACAGAUCAGCCCUUGACGCAGACCUGAGAUUUGCUCUGGAGAACCGUCCUGAUAGUGACAUCAUCAGACGCUGCCUGGUUUACAUCCACAAGGUCAUUAAUGCUAAAGGUCAGAAGCUGGUGAGGUCAAAAAAUCUGCUGCAGUUAGAGGUUCCUACAUUAGAGCUAGGGUCAACCCCCUCUGAUAAGCAGUUAUUAUCAGAGCUUUGCGACAACUUCCUCCCAGGUCUCGUCACUUCCUCUCAGCUUCUGGUCUAUACCAUCGCCACGGAGUGUGAUCGGCGCCAUGGUUACACUACAGCCAGGAGGCGGGGCUACUCUGAGUCUCUGUGCCAGCAGGUGUACUCUGACCUCUUGGGGUUGAUUGACAGCGUGAAGGUGUUUGACACCAGUGAAGACAUUCAGCUGGGUGAUGCUUUGACCAGAGAGCAGGCUGAGCAGGAGGAGCUGUGUAACAUCAUGUCACGAUUUUAUGACAUCAAUCGACCAGAAGCAGAAAAGGUCAGAGCCUUUGUGGAGCAGAGCCACCUACAAUGCCCACUAGUGGUGACAGGAGGACCGUGCACAGGGAAGACAGUUCUGCUGGCACACUGUGCUCAGCAGAUAAAGUCCUGGCUACCAGACUGUGAUCCCGUCGUGAUCAACUAUUUUUGCAACCUGUCAAUCAACCUGUCCCCAAAGCACCUGUUGUCAAGCCUGUGUCACCAGAUUGCUGCUAGAUAUAAAAGCAGAUCCUCCUCAGAGCAAAACACCAGCGACCUUGAAGAUUCAAGCUGUGACCAAAACUCCAACUUCCUGACGUCAAACCUCAACCCUCAUCAUAAAGCCACAAUAAAAGAGGAUGUCUCUGACCAAGACCUUGGCACCACACCAUGCCUCGAUCUUUAUGGCAUCAUUAAACCUGAUAUUUGUCUGUCUGAGCUUAAAGAACAACUCUCAUCCUUCCUCUCCCUCAUGCCUUCCACCAAACAGCCUCUAGUUCUAAUCCUUGUCGGUCUGGAUCGCAUUGAAAACAACUUUGGACUUGAAAUCAUUAAAAGCCUCCCCAUGCCAGCUCCUCCAAGCAUCAGAUUUAUCUUCUCAGUGUCCUCCAUCAGAACCCAAAUCCUUCAGGCACUCAACCAACAAAGAGGUCCAUCUUCAUGUAUGCCAGAGUGCAGUGAGGAGGAGUCAGGAUACAUUCAUGUGCAUCUAGGACCAGUGGACAGGAAGGAGUGUUCGAAGAUGUUGGCAUCACUGCUGAAAAGUUCAGGGCGGAGGGUGACGUCAGGGCAACAGGCGCUGGUGAACCAGGCGCUGGCUUCUUGUUGUCUGACAAUCUACGCUCGACUCCUGAGGCAACACACCGCCCUCUGGCACUCUGAUUCAGAUGUCAUCGAGUCGUCUCUCCCUGAUGGCGUCCAUUCCUCCAUUUCUGCGAUGCUGGAUCACCUUGAGCAGAAACACGGCCACUCUAUCGUGGCCCGUGCGCUCUCCUACCUCACACUCUCCAGGACUGGACUCACUGAGGCAGAGCUCGCUGAUCUGCUGUCCAGCGACGACGUGGUGCCGUCUGAGAAUACUCAACAUUCACACUCUUCCGCUGAUCAAGUUCUGCAAACUGAUGUUGAGAGACUGUUGUUGGAUUUGGGGGAGUUUCUAGGAAGACGGACUGUUGGCGGGUCAAAAGUUUUGUUUUGGGUAAGCAGACAUUUCAAGUUGGUAGCUGCUAGGAAGUAUUUUGGUUCUCCUGAACUGAAGAGAGAUAUUCAUUCUACGAUGGUGGACUAUUUCAGUGGCCGAUGCUCUUACAGUAAUGAUCAACCGCUUCUUGUAAAGCAGAAAUCUUGUACCAACAAUGAGAACACCAAAGUGGAAACAUCCUCAGACAGUCAGCCAUUCAUCUUCACCUCUGGACAAGUUAACUUAAGGAAAGUUGUAGAACUGCCGUUUCACUUGCAAGAAAUUAACAAAUGGGAGGAGUUGGAGCAUGGGCUUCUGUUGUCUUUGGGGUUUCACGAGGCUAUGGUCCAAGCAGGACUUCUGAGAGACCUGGUAGCCAUGUUGGAAAGUGAGCAAGGAUCCUACCAUUACUGUUUUUUAAAGGAAAGAGCAAUCCUUGCAAGUGUUUUCAAGUCCUGUGCUUGCUUGCUGCAGAGCUCACCCCUGCAGCUGCCCACAUUGAUGGAGAUGAGCCUUGUUCCUUAUCUUGAGGUCUUUCCUGCACUUAAGCGUUAUGUCAGAGCGAUCAGAGAGGACAGGAAGGAAAGAGGAAGUGGACUAGGAGUAGUGCUUUGCCCCGCUCCUUCCUCAGUCCCCUCUGUUCAGUGUUUGAAGUGUGAUGUAGAAACCAAAGGUGUUUCUGUUACAGGAGCAGUUGGGACAGAGUGUGGGGUUGUGGUGGAAGUCACGGAUGAUGGUGCGGCUUGGGUUUGGAAAGGCUCUGGGUGUGAUGUAGUUAAACUAUCUCUGAGGUCUGAGCAGAAGGAUGUGAAGUUUGCAGGAGUGAAGAGUAGUGGUCAGUUUGUGCUGCUUUCCACACUGUGCAACAAGUUUUUCUUGUGGGAUGUGGCCGGCCCACAAAUGAUUCUACAAGUCAAGGACACUUUGACGACAGAGUCAGGUACACAACUAACAAACAAACUUGAAGGGUUUGUUACAAGGCAGAAAAAAAUGUUCAUGUGGUGGGAAGAUGAGACUUUUGUAUGUGUGUUGGAUGUGUCCAGUGACACUUUGAUGCAUUUCCAGUGUCAGGGCAGUGUGACCUGUUUGGUUUGCUCCUCUGAUGGCGCUCACAUGUACUGUGGGCAGGAGGAAGGAACAGUGUCUAUAUUUGACACCAUGAAUGGUAGUCUGCUUGGAACAUGGUCAAACUCAAACAACAAUGCGGUUACCUCAAUAAUCCCCCAUGAGGAUGAGUUGGAACUGGCAUGUGUUGACAAGACGGGCAAAGUUACCCUGUGGGAAUUGGUUGCCAAAUUUGAACAACCUAGACUUGUAAAAGAGAUCCGUAUUGGGGGGGAAUCUUGCGACAUCCUCAAUACAGAUAACUCAGAGGGACAUAACACUUUGUUGGUGUGUCACUCUCACCAGGUUACACUAUGGGACACAUGUGACUGGGAGCUGUGGGACCAGUUCCUUGCUCCACAGGGAAAGGCCUUCACUCAAGCUUUGCUCUCCCAGGAAGGCCACCUUUUCCUGGCUCUGUUAGACGACUGUCCCUUUGUCUUGGUGUGGAGGGUGAGCACAGGGGAUUGUCUUCUCUCUUUAGAAACAAACAGGCAGCCCCACUCACUCCUCAAGACAGCCUCAGAUGUGAUAUGUGUUGCUGAUGAUGGCUGCCUCACAGUGUGGGACUCUGCGAUGAUAGAGGCCGCAGGUUCACUCCCCAAAAUGAGUUUUGGAGUUGAAGAAGUUGCAGCUGAAGGAACAGGGGACUGUUUCUACACCACUGAUGGGUCAGAGGUGGUGUGGAGAUGGAGGUUGAAAACAAGACUUCCUCAUGCCUACUUCCUUCAUGAUGGUCCUGUGGAAAAACUGUGCCUUUCUCCUGAUGAUGUCCACCUUGUGACGCUCUCAGGAGGUGAGGUCUACACUUGGCAGACAGAGACAGGUCAAAACAUUCUGCGUAUCAGAGGCAGCAGAGCGACGGACAUCCUGAUCACCCCGAAUGGUCUCUUUGGCGUGAGUAUUUCUGAUAGAUACUUGUCCCGGGUUUGGAAGCUGUUGCAUGGGAGCAUUGUGUGCAGUAUAAACCUGUACCUAUCUGAUGCAAAGGUGUCACCUGAGAACACUUUCCUUAUUGGGCUUCGCCAUGGAGACUUGUUAGCCGCCAGUUUGUGGACAGGCUCAAUUAGCAAGCGUUUCUCCUGUGUGAUGAGCUCAGAGCCUGUUGUUGCCUUCUCAACACUUUCAGAGCACCCAGACUUUGUGGUAGUAUUGGCUGCCUCAGGAGCAGUAUACACUUGGAAAGUAGCAGAGGAAACGGUGUAUAGCCACUUUCAGCUGCCUCAUACAUUUCCCUGUCAGCCACAAGACUUCCAAAUGUCCUCUGAUGGGAGCUACGCCCUGCUGUCCGCUGAAAAUGAAGCUAUAAACCUUCUGGACCUAUGCCAGGUAAGACUGUGCUCAAUCAAGGCAGAGGGUCCAAUCACCAAAGCCUGUUUGGAUAAAACAGGAAGCUAUGUUGCGUACAUUUCCCAUCCCAGGAGCCAACAGAAAGGCUGUGUCUGUUCUCUGCAUGCGAGGCCUGUUCUCACAGUUGUGUGCCUGGCAGACGGGGAAAGAAUGGGAAGUGUAUGUCUGUGUAAGAAUCCAUCCACUUUGGUCGUGUGUAAGCGGCAGUUUGUGUUAGUGGGCUUUGAGGACGGGUCUGUAGGUGUUUACUCUAUUUGUGAUGUCAUGAUCAACGGUGAGGAGUCAUUUGGGCGCAGGAGAAACGCAAAAGGUCAGGUAAAGCAGUGUCCCUUUGACGUAGCACCAUUCAGCUGGUCACCUUUAGACACCCCCAAUGUGAAAUGGCCUUAGGAUAUUUAUACGCUGUCGCUGGAAUGUUUUUUUUUUAAUGCAUUAAAGCUGCUGUUGGUAGUUGAUAUAAGUCAGUUCUGA